GUCGCUAUUGCGAGAGCGUGGACUGAUGUGCGGCUUCACGUUUUCCUGGCAGCUUAUUUCCAGACUGAACUCCGUAAAAACUGACAGUGCAUUUGCACACCUUUGCGAGCUAAAUAUUUCGAUUCCAGACAGACCUUCAACAGACUUGAAGAAGAACUAUCUAGACGAUCACUGCCGACUCCCACCCAACCUCAACGUCUAGAGAAGAUGGCAAAAGGAGCUAAGAAGAAGAAACAGGAAAAGAGCCCGGAGGUUCCACCCGGCAAAGCUCUGGACAGCAGCGUCAGCGUGACGUCGGAGUCGGGGCUCCCGUUGACGCCGUCCGUCCCAGAGGAGGAGGAGCCAGCGGUCGGCCCUGCAGAGUCCCCGCCAGAUGUUGUGCCGCCUCCGGUAGAACCGCCACGGGAGCUCUCAGAGGAACCCCUUCUCUCCCAGCUCAUCGUAGAACGGUACGAUGGCGAGGUAUCACGUGGACUGUAUGAAGGGGAAGGAACGGCCUGGUUCCAGGGUGGCCACACAUACCAGGGGAUGUUAUCUGGGGGUCUGAUGCAUGGAAGAGGCUCCUUCACCUGGAGUGAUGGGACAAAAUAUGAGGGUGACUUUGUGAUGAACGUCCCGAUGGGGCAGGGUGUCUACAUCUGGCUGGAUGGCAGCAUCUACGAUGGGGAGGUGAAGGACGGAAUGCGCCACGGACUGGGGACGUACACUGGGGGCAUAAAGCCAGUCUCGUACGUCGGCCAUUGGGUUUGUGGCAAACGGCAUGGAAAGGGCACCAUGUACUAUAAUCGUGAGAAGACCUUUUGGUACCAAGGAGACUGGGUGAACAACAUCAAGGAGGGCUGGGGCACCAGACGGUAUCAGUCUGGAAGCAUCUAUGAAGGACAAUGGCAAAACAAUGUGCGCCACGGGGAGGGGACGAUGAAGUGGCUGGCGACACACGACCAGUAUAGUGGACAGUGGGACAACGGCAUCCAGCACGGCCAGGGGACUCACAUGUGGUUCUUGGUGAGGACGCCUGACUCCUUGUACCCAAUGAGGAAUGCAUACGUGGGCGAGUUUGUGCAAGGCCUUCGGCACGGCUACGGCAAGUUCUACUACGCCAACGGGACGCUCUACGACGGGGAGUGGCAUUACAACAAAAAGCACGGCCAGGGAAAAUUUGUCUUCAAAAAUGGGCGACUGUUUGAGGGUGAAUUUGUUGAAGACCGCAUGGUUGAAUUCCCCAACUUUUCUAUUGAUGGGAUAAACACCCCGGAUAUCAGUGGCAUACGCACCAGCUCACCAGUGGAAGACGGCGAAAAUGUGUUGGGGUCCUCAUCGAUGCCUUCAGAGAAAGACACCCAGAAAACGGCAAGGAUAAUGGACAGGCCCUCGCUCCUGGGGUCCGACAUUGCUUUGGAGAUGUCCGGGCUGCUCAAAGCCCUGCCUGAUGACAGAUUUGAAGAGGAGAUGAAACAGGUGACCAGCAGACCCCCUCUAUAUUCCUGGUGUUUACAGCAGAGAUGUCCCGCUCCCCUUGCCCACUUGGACGCCUGUCCCUUUUCUUUACCCUUCCAGGUUGAGUUUGCUGUUCUGAGGCACAUCACAGACCUGCGGCAGAUCUACGGCGUCUACAGCAGGCUGGGCUAUGAGCAUUCCCCGGAUAACACCUUCCUGCUGAUCAGGCUGCAGUUCUGGAGGUUCCUCCAAGACUGUGGGAUCCAUCGCCUGGGCUUGACUGUUCAGGAGCUCGACAGGCUACUCUAUGAUGACCAGAUAGUGGACGAGACACAUUCGCCCUUUGAUCCCAUGCUGUUUAGGACGUUUCUGAGCCACAUAGUGGUGUUGGCUUACCACCUCCAUCACAAAGUAGUCAGCGGUCCCAGUGCUGUUUUAGCUUCCUGUUUCUCUAAACUAAUGGAGGACAACGUCCUUCCAAAAGCAAAGCAUGUAGAAGGCAGCUUUUUCAAAAAUCACCAGCACACCAUCAUUGCUGUCAACUACAUUGAAAAGUGCUGGGAGAUCUACAGGGCCUGGUGUGAGCAGAGCUCCUCGACGUGGAGGAAGGACUCCAUACGCAUCAGGGACUUCAUGUGGCUGCUCAAGGACCUCGAUUUAUUCACACCAGAGCUGACGCCCAAGAGAUUUGUGGAAAUCAUCGCUGAAGACAUCCCCAGCAUUUAUGACGGAGUGUCCAGCAAUCUGGAGGCUGAGAUCACUUUUCUGGGAUUCUUCGAGACGUUGCUGGUGUGCGCUGAGGUCCGCGCUCCAAGCACAGGAAAGCUGGAGGCACUCGGGAGUGCUGGCAGCAGUAUGACGACCGCAGUCACCACAGAGGAGAGAACCUGCGAGGGGCCGGAGCCCCCCGAAACUGGCCAUAGCACCCUGAGCGAGCAGGUAUUUGGGUCCCGUCUGCCUAGUGCUUCUACACCUGAAAAACCUGCCACCGCUCAUCCACCCGUCCGAUCGUCCAGGAGAGAGAAAAUGGAGUCCAACGAACGCCGGAGCAGCGGAUGCCAGUCUGCUUCUGUGGGCACAGAGUCUGCCAGUGGCCAGCCGGAGGACAGAGGUGCUGACGUCAUGGUGCAGUCGAUGCCCGCACUGGGGGAAGGCCAGGUGCCCGAGGUCCCGUGUCUGAGUACAGCUCAAGAGACCUCAGAGACGCAGGAGAGCGAGUUGGACUACUGGUAUCGGCAGACCUACGACUUCUUUAUUAAGAAGCUCUUCCCUACUUUCGACUACUUCCAGCUUCUUAAACGGGAGGCGGAGGAGAGCCGAUUAAGGCAGGAGGCCCUCGACAGGAUAGCCGAGGAAAAAGCAGAGAUGGAAGCACGGUAGGUGGGACACCAACUGCCCCUGGCUGACCAGGACCACCUGGUAAGCGGUCUUUGUUUUCUCCACUUAAGACAAUGGUUGGGUCUUUCAAAUCAUUUGCAUGAUAAAAAAAAAAGGGAGUCUGGCGGCAAACCCGUUUUACUUUAUAUACAGUGGGUAGACAAAGUCUUCAGUCCCCUUCACUUUCUGCGCACGUUACUGUGUUGAAGAUUUCAUUUUAAAAGGAGAAAUGUGCCAUUUUUACCCAGCAGUCUACACCCAAUUACCCAUCGUGACAAAGUGACGUGUUUACAAAAGGGUCUGCAAAUUUACUAACAAAAUCCAAAACUGAAAUUUCUCCUUCC